GCAUUACAAUUUGAAGCACAGACAGCCUGAGCGUGAGUGACUUCUCGCUCGGAACCGCAGAUGUCGUGACCAAUAGACCCGCUCUGUACUACCAUGAUCCGGCAAUAUUCUUCUCUCAAAAUCAAAGGGAAUUUGGCGUAUUCUUGGUUUAUUUAUGGAGCGUGUUUUCAAUGCGUGUUUUGCUCUUGUAAUCCCAGAUUAACUCUGAAACAAGAUAAUGCACCAUUGAUUUACAACAGAAACUACAGUCACACAGUUUUGUUCCAUGAAGAAGGAUCGAAAAGUUUAUUUGUGGGAGGAUCAAACAUUGUUCUACACUUUGAUGUAGACAGUUACGAGAUUUUGGAGAAUUUUACUCUAAAUGCAAACUUGCCAAGAUGUGGUGAGAGCUCUUGUGAAAAUGUAGUCACAGUAAUUGAGACUUUCCAACAUCACAAAUUUGUAUGUGGGACAAACGGAGAAGAGCCAAAGUGCUGGGAACUGUAUCCAAGAGAAAGCAAUCAUUCUGUUGUUGAGUCUGUAGAAGGCACAGGGAUCUCGCCACAUUCUUGUGAACAAAACUCCUUGUCUCUUGUAGCAGAUGGAGAUUUAUAUGCAGCAGCUCCUUUAUACAGUGAUGGAACACUUCUGCAGUUCCGUAGAAAAGCUGGAAAGCGAAUCAACGUAUGGAUGCAUGAUCAGUGGGUCUCAGAACCUACUUUUAUCUCCAGUUUCCUGGCCAAGCGCAAAAAUGACUCCUUAAAUGAGAAGAUAUAUGUCCUAUUCCGAGAAAAAAACUCAGACACUAGUCCAGAGGCAGAUCCUUGGAUAUCUAGAGUUGCCAGAGUGUGUAAGAUUGAUGAGGGCGGUUCCAAACAGUUCCUCCAGAACAUAUGGACCUCCUUCCUGAAGGCACGACUUGUGUGUGGGAUACCAAGGGAGUCAUUGUACUUUAACCGCCUGCAAGAUGUUUUUGUCCAGCAUGCUGAGGACUGGAGGGAUUCAUUAGUUUAUGCACUGUUCUCCAGUGGCUGGAACUCUACUGCUGUCUGCAUAUACUCUUUGGCAGAUCUCGAUGACGUAUUCGAGAAAUCUAACUUUAAAGGUUUUUCUGAGGCCAUUCCCAACCCAAGACCAGGAAAGUGUGUAGAAAACAGCUAUUCUCUUCCAAUUCCUACUCUCAAAAUCAUUAAAGACUAUCCAGAGAUGAAGGACUGGAUACAUCCCAUUCAAAAAGACACACCUUUCUUCACAAGUAACAAGAAUUUUACCAAGAUAGUUGUUGAUCAAGUCCGAGCUUUGGAUGAAAACAUAUACAAUGUGCUGCUGCUUGCAACAGACAAUGGCAUGAUCUUCAAGAUCCUACAGCAUGGCUGUAAACCUUUCAUCAUCUCUGAAACGCAUUUGUGCAAUGGCUGUGCACCCAUUCAAUCAAUGAAACUUGACUCUAAAAAGCGGAAGCUCUUUGUAGGAUAUCCUGGUCAAAUGUCGGUGUUAGAACUACAGAGAUGCCAAGACUAUGGUGCUUCUUGUGAAGAAUGCGUUCUUUCUCGUGAUCCAUACUGUGCGUGGUCAGAAAAAGGCUGCAUGUCACAAACUAGAGGAGGAAUACAACACAUUUCUGAUGGCAAUGUCACUAAAGUAUGUGACCACAAAUCAGUGGAAAGAGUGAGACGAGAUGCGCACCAAUCAUCUACUGCUCCAUUAAGGAUUCAACACUCUGUGGCCACUGAUGUCCCCUUCUACCUGUCUUGUCCGGUCGAUUCACAUCAUGCCAGUUAUAGAUGGGAACACGGGGGCAAAAGCAACCCAUGUCAACAGACCCAAUCGGAAUACCUCCUCCUCAUCCCAGCUAUGACAGCUGACAAUUACGGCAAUUACAGUUGUGUUUCCCAGGAACGUGAUUACAUCAAAGUUGUGAGAGAAUAUGAGCUCCUCCCUAAGCCUGUUUUUAAUGAUGCUUUCAAGCUGAGAGCACAAGACCAGCUAAUGGCAGCAUUUGUCACGAGUGCCUUCUAUCUGUGCUCACUUUAAGGUCAAGCUAGUUAUAUAAGUGCUUCUGUCCUUAAGCAUUUCUAAAGACCUUUAAGCUGAUUUAAACCAUCAGUCACAUGUUGUCAAGAGGCAAGUGGUUAGUGGGCAAAGAUAAUAGUCUUACGAAGUUUAUGAAGGUAAACACUGAAGUGCCCAUCCUAGAAGAUACCUUGUCAUUACACGUCAACUAGCUGUUUAGUGUGUGCUGAAUUGAUACAGUGGAGUAUCAAAGUCUGAAACUGCAAUCUUUGGAACCUGAUUAUACAGUAUUAGCGUUUUUUUAGAUACUCCACAGAUAUUAUGUUAGGAGAUUCCCUGUAUAUAUUGAUAACAAUUAAAACAUUAAUACAUCUAAUUGAUAUUAUACUUUUUUUUUAAAACAACAAUACAAAUCAAGUAUAAAAAACCCUGAAAAUAAAAUGCUCUAUGACAAGAUAUAAAAAUUUGCAGGAAGAGAAUUAAACUGUUUUACAAAGAUAUAAAAAAAACAGCAAACGGCACUUUAAGACUGACCCUUAACGUUGAUCUUUACCAAUACAAAAAAAAAAAAAGCCACCGUGAUUAUAUUUGGAUAAAAAUAUCAUUGAAUUUUCAUGUGAACUGCUUAUUAUCACCCCUCCCCUUUCACAUGAACUUGCAGGUUUAUUUAACAAAUUAUGAAAUGAAUAUAUGUUUAUGUAUGCAUACAAGCUCAUUUGCUUAUCUGCUAAACCACAAUCUCUCUAUAGUCCCUUGGAGCUUUUUAGUUUUGGUAAAGAUAAACACAGAGAGGUUUUCUCCACACAUUUACUGCUUUAUCAAUCUUAUUGAAUGCAUCCAUAUAAAACACGAAACAUGAGCAGGAGUGUGGUUAACCAAGCAAGUUUUUAUUUUAUGUCUAUUAGUGUUUGUGUGAUGAUUCUUAAGAUUCUCUUUAUUAUUUAUUAAGAAAAGAUUAUUGCCCUACACUAUGGCUGUGAUGGAGACAGGGAUUUUGUGUUGAUCGCUUUUUAUUUUAAACUACACCUUGACCCUUGUGAGGAAUGAUGAAGAAAGAAUUCCACAAGAAUUGCACAGCCUUUUACAUUAGCAUAAUGUAUGGCCAUAGCCAUAUGACCCUGCAGCCCAAGACUGGUUACUCACUGAAGCUAAGCAGGACUGAGCCUGGACAGUACCUAGAUGGGAGACCACAGGGAAAACUAGGUUGCUGUUAGAAGUGGUGUUAGUGAGGCCAGCAGGGGGCACUCAACCUGCCGUCUGUGUGAGUCCUAAUGCCCCAGUAAAGUGAAGGGGAUACUAUACUGUCAGUGGGUGCUAUCUUUCGGAUGAGACAUUAAACCCAGGUUCUGACUUUCUGUGGUCAUAAAAAUAAAUGGCACUUCUCGUAAAGAGUAAGGGCGUAACCCUUAGUCCUGGCCAAAUUCCCUCCCUUGGCCCUUACCCAUCAAGGCCUCCCAAUCAUCAGUCACAUGCACUGAAUUGGCUAUCUAUCCAUUCCACCUAUAGCUGGUGUGUGGUGGGCACACUGGCACCGUUGUCCUGUCGCUGCCAUUGCAUCAUUCAAGUGGAUGCUGCACACUGGUGGUGGUGUGGAGAAACCCCCCCAACCCCCUCAUGAUUGUGAAGUGCUUUGGGUGUAUGGCUCUACACAGUAAAUGCGCUAUAUAAAUACGCGCAUUACAUUAAUGAUUGAUUUUGAAAUCUAAAUUGCACCAGAUGGGGAGCCAGUAUAAGGACUUCAGUAUUAGUCUCCAUUUUGCAGGUGUUGUAGUUUUUUCAAUGAAGCAUUUUUCACAUGCACUAUUAACAGUAUAUCACAUGUGAAAGCUAUAGUUAGCACUGUUUUGUAUUUAAAUAAUCAGGUUAAUAGCACUGGUUUUUAUUUAAAUAAUCAGGUUAUUAUUGGUAGUUAUGGUCAUAAGGUCUUAAUAUCCCAAGUGGGUAAAUGUAAAACUAUAACUAUAAUUAUAACCGAGAAAUGAAUGAGCCAUAUGGGAGACCAGUAUAUAAACAGAUUUGCAUUAACUGCAAAUUAAGGUCACAAACAAAUUUAAUUUUCAUUCAUUGUACUAGCUAUAAAAAGCACUGCUAUAGUGUGUGUGUCGCUCAGAGAUGCUCAAUUGUUUGCUUUUGCUAAAGUUGAAUUUUUUUAAUGUUACUGUAGAAAAAAGUUCACACUUUUGCUCUAAUUUUAUGUAAUAUGUACAGUAUUUUCAAGAACUGCAUAGCUUGUCUGCAUCUGCAUGGCAUAUGAGAGGAAGCAUUAUAGUAAAAGUCUCAGUAAUUCCCAUAUGCAUGGGGUCUGUACUCGAUAGGGCAGGCCAUUAGGGCAAGGGUUUUCCCUUGGUUGCUUUCUUACUGCUCUUGUGUGUCUCUGAUAUUUGUAUUAAUUUAAGUGAUUUAUUCUGCAAAUGGUACACCAGUUGUUCGCUUUUAUGUUUGCUUUAUUACACAGAAAUCGUUUUGAGAUCAUAGUAUACUCUACUCAUAGUAUCAUAGUAAUAAGUUGUCACAUCUUUAAGUAAAACAGUAAACAGUAGGUAUAUUAGCUAUAUAUAUUUUUUUUAUAAAAAAGUACACACACAUACAUAUAUUCUAUUUUCGAUAUUCUAUUUUUCUAUUUUGUCUCAUUUUUAAUUUAUUUUAAGUGGUGUUGUGUAUAUGUGAUGGAUGAGGAGCCUGUGGAUGUGUUAAUGUUCACUUUGUCUUUUGUUUUUCAUUUAGUGGCUAAACACAUUAAUUAUUGAGAGGGAAGACAGUGACAGAUGUCAAGGGGCUGCUGUGUUUCAAAAUGUAUUAUACUUUAAAAAAAAAACAUAUUAUACCAGCAAGGGGUGUUGAAAUUUGUUUUGUUUUGUUUCUUUCUUUUAAUUUGCUCUAUAUGUCAUUUAUUUUGAUUAAUGCUGUUGUCAUUCCUCUUUCUGUAAGACAUUUUCGCCUAACUACAUCCCUGUAUGUUGUGCUUUAUUGUAUUUAUGCAUUUAUCCUGUUUCCUACAUAUGUUUAUAAAUGGCUUAUUAAUACAAUUAUAUAUAUUGUUUUAGUGCUUGAACAUGUCUGUUAUCUAUUCACACGCACACACACACCUAAUCCUUCACUUAUGGAUUUCACCAAUAUGUUAUACUCUGAAAAAAGAGUUUAGGAAGAAAAAGGCACAGGGAUUCUUGUGAUAAAAUCAUUAAAGGGGAAUGAUAUCCUGCAGAUCACAGUGCUUUAGGUUUAUAAAUAUCUGGUCUCCUGCUGCUUUUGGAGCUGCUGUGUCAACCAGCGGAAAACUGGGUCAGUCUUUAGAAGUUCUGGACUGUCUCAAAAAUAAAUCAGUAAAUAAUCAAUAAAGUGGCGCAGUUGGUAGUGCUGUCGCCUCACAGCAAGAAGGUCGCUGGUUCGAGCAUUGGCUGGGUCAGUUGGCGUUUCUUUGUGGAGAUUGCACGUUCUCCCUGUGUUCGCAGGGGUUUUCUCCGGGUGCUCCGGUUUCCCCCACAGUCCAAAGACAUGCGGUACAGGUGAAUUGGGUAUGCUAAAUUGUCCAUAGUGUAUGAGUGUGAGUGAGUGUGUGUGUGUGUGUGGAUGUUUCCCAGAGAUGGGUUGUGGCUGGAAGGGCAUCCGCUGCGUAAAACGUGCUGGAUAAGUUGGCGGUUCAUUCCGCUGUGGCCACCCCAGAUUAAUAAAGGGACUAAGUUGAAAAGAAAAUGAAUGAAUGAAUGAAUAAUAACAAUAAAAUAAUAAAUGUUAAUUAUAAAUAAUCAUUAUUUGUCAUUUAUAAAUGUAUUGUUUUGUUAAUUUUCUGAAGUAUGUUGUUUUUGAAGACACCAAAUUUGUCGUCUGUUUAUGAUCCCAUGCAUUAAAAAACUUUUUUUUUUGUAUGAAACUUCAACAAGUGUGGUUACUUUUAUUGCCAGAACUCCAACCUAAACACACGAAGACAGUAAAUAACAUACAGUAACGUUUUUUUUUUUUUUUAACAGACAAAAUGACACACUUUUGGAGUAUUUGUGGUUGUGACUAAUUUGACUUGAACUGACAAAGCUGGGGUUGUAUAUGACAUUUCUAAUUUAUUAUGUCUAGACAGUGGGUUCGCUUCAUUAUACAAUUACAAAUAUUCAAAGUCAGUGGCUUAACUUCCAUUGGGAUAGGGGAUAAACAUAAUAUCCCCCCACUUUUUAAAAUCCUGUUUGUGUCUCCCCGGCCUUUUUUAUAUCCGCUAAAAUCAACAUUCAUGGAUGAAAAACAAUGUUAAUUUAGUAUAUUAGCUCUGCUCAGAAUAAUCACCUUUUCUGUCUGACAGAAUAUGU